CUAGUUCCAAGGAUAAAAACCCGGUUAUGGCAUCUUCGCCCUACUAUGGGGUGAUUGAAGAGAUUUGGGAGGUUGAUUACGUUAUGUUUAAAGUGCCUCUAUUUAAAUGCAAGUGGAUUAAUAUUAACAGUGGUGUGCGAAUCGAUGAAUUAGGAUUUACAUUGGUCGAUCUUUGCAAGUUAGCUUAUACCGACGAACCUUUCAUCAUCGCAUCCCAAGCAAAACAAGUGUUUUAUGUUAAAGAUCCUUCGCCUAACAGUAGGUGGUCGGUGGUUUUACAAGGAAAAAAUGUGCAAGGUAGUGAUGAAAAUCAAGAUGUGAUUCUUGAUAUUUCCGAAACUCUUCCAUUCUCAACAAAUGUGCCUACCUUCGUUGAAGAAAAUGAAGAGGAUGACGUGCAAGCUAUUCGUUCGGAUCAUCAAGAAGGGAUAUGGCAGGACUAAUACAUGGCUGAUUCAACCGUCACGGCUUCUUCAAGCCAAAAAAAGAGAGGAAGAGGUGCUACUAUGAUGAGAAAACUUACCAAAGUUCAUCAAUCGGGUCAACUCCUAUCUGUCACAUUUGAUCCAAAAACAUGGAA